AUGGCACCUUUAAUAUUUCGUUCACUGGCCCGACCGCUCUUGAAUCGAUCCUAUAGCACCGUUCAAGCUGCAUCGACAUCACAUGCAAUCGCUACGGGUGCCCUGGCAUCGCCAUGGACGUCAUCAAACCUUCCGACCGUCAUUCAGAAUGCCACCACCGCCCAAGUGCCCCGGACUACCUGGACGAGAGAUGAGGUUCAACAAGUGUAUGAGACUCCAUUAAGUCAAUUGACGCACGCCGCGGCAAUAGUCCACCGCCGCUUUCAUGACCCCGCUGCCAUCCAAAUGUGCACUCUUAUGAAUAUAAAAACGGGCGGAUGUAGUGAAGACUGUUCUUACUGCGCUCAAUCUUCUCGAUACAAUACUGGUCUCAAGGCAACAAGGUUAUCACCCGUUGAAGAGGUGCUACAAGCUGCUCGCACCGCCAAAGAAAAUGGCAGUACUCGUUUCUGCAUGGGCGCUGCAUGGCGAGAUAUGAGGGGACGAAAAACCAGUCUAAAGAACAUAAAGGAGAUGGUGACAGGCGUGCGAUCAAUGGGGAUGGAGGUUUGCGUGACUUUGGGCAUGAUCGAUUCUGAACAAGCCAAGGAAUUGAAAGAUGCCGGCCUCACUGCAUACAACCAUAACCUUGAUACCUCACGGGAGUAUUAUCCGUCUAUCAUCACGUCACGCAGCUAUGACGAGCGCCUUCAGACACUCAGCAACGUCCGCGACGCUGGUAUCAAUGUGUGCUCGGGUGGAAUUUUAGGACUUGGUGAAGCAGACUCGGACCGUGUCGGACUAUUGCAUACUGUCGCUACCUUGCCAUCACACCCCGAGUCAUUUCCCGUCAAUGCUCUUGUGCCCAUCAAGGGAACACCUCUGGGAGACCGUAAAAUGAUUUCAUUUGAUAAGUUGCUUCGGACCAUUGCUACCGCCCGCAUCGUUCUCCCUGCCACCAUUGUUCGUCUCGCAGCAGGUCGUAUAAACUUAUCUGAAGAGCAGCAGGUGUCGUGCUUCAUGGCUGGUGCCAAUGCAGUUUUUACAGGCGAGAAGAUGCUUACUACGGACUGCAAUGGCUGGGACCAAGACCACGAAAUGUUCCGGAGAUGGGGGUUCUACCCAAUGAAGAGCUUUGAGAAUAAGGAACUUGAGGGAGAGAAACCAGCUGUGAUUCCAGAAAGUGAUAGCCAGGUGGUCGCUGCUACGGUAUAA